UUAUCAAAUAAAACGAAGAAUAUUCAUAAUGUUUGCGCGAACUCGGCCAUAGCUAGUGGAAUAAAAAUGAGAAUGACGGAUAUUUCAAAAUUUGCUGCUCAAGCAUGGAGCCACGAGUCCUCAGAAAUUAAAAAAGCCUAUACUGACGUUUCAAAAAGAAUUGACAAUGUAUUACAGAAAAAAAGACAAAAAGAUAUGACUUAUCAUAUCGUCUACGAUGGAAAUAUGACAAAAGUCCAAACACCCAUUCCACAGGAACAAGAAUCACCUAUAGAAUCACCUAUAGAAUCACCUUUAGAAUCACCUAUAUUGACUCCAUCUUAUCCUGAUUUGAUACCGGGCUCUCAGUUUUUAUACCCUCUUAAUGAUGGGUCAUUUCCUCUUAGUGAAGAGUCAUUUUUUAAUGAAGAGUCAUUUCUUAAUGGAGA